AUGUCGAAACAUUCAGACGAAGACUCCCAUCUUUCCAAUACCCAGAAAAUAGUUUCUUCUAUGAUAACUGGUGCCUGUGCAGGUGCCGUUGCUAAAACAACUAUCGCCCCAUUAGACCGCGCGAAAAUCAAUUUUCAAGUUCGGGUGGAUAAAUUUAGUUAUCGUCGUUGUUUUACAUUUCUAAAAGACUCUUAUCGAACCGAAGGCUUUUUUAGCUGGUAUCGUGGAAAUUCUGCGAAUUUAGCUCGAGUUAUACCCUCUGCUGCUCUCAACUACACUGCACAUGAACAAUGGAAACGUAUUCUUGGCACGGAUCAAACGAAAAAAACUCCUGCCCGAAGAUUCUUGGCGGGAUCCUUAGCCGGUGUUACUUCAGCUACUAUUACUUAUCCACUUGAUUUAGCACGUGCGCGUAUGGCAGUGACAAAUAAAUCCGUAUAUAAUAAUUUAUUCUCUGUUUUUCUAAGUAUUCUCCGUAAUGAAGGUGUCACCGCUUUGUAUCGAGGCGCACUUUCAUCUCUUGUUGGUGUCAUACCCUAUUCCGGUUGUGUAUUUUUUACCUAUGAAUCGCUCAAACACCUUCGUACUGAUUAUCAAUCUAAUCGUCCAAUUAGCAAAAAAGAACGACUAUUAUUUGGUUCUAUUGCUGGCCUCGUUGGUCAAACAGUUUCAUAUCCAUUUGACGUUGUACGACGUCGAUUACAAACUGCCGCUGUUAUUCGACCAAACGAAGCAUAUUUGGGUGCUGUAGCAACCGCACGAAAGAUCAUACGCGAGGAAGGCAUUCAACGUGGUCUAUACAAAGGUGUUACAAUGAACUGACAUGAAUACGUGAUUUUCUUACCAUUGGAAAAAAUGAUAGUAGAGAUUUAUUUCCAGAUGAUUCUCCGCAUUAUUAAUAAGCGAACAUUACAGUUUCUGAAUAAAUCUAUCCAACAACGAUCGAACUUAUCGACCUAUGACUCAAGAGAUAACGAUCUGAUUCCACCAACGACAUGUUGCAUGAGUAAUUGUGCAAAUUGCGUAUGGUUUACAUUUGCAGAAGAAAUUGCCCAGCGAUAUCCGAAUGCAUCGAUGGAAGUGAUCGAUGAUGUGUUGAAGAAGUACAUAGAUGACAAAAGCUUUCGAGAAUUUCUCGAAUUCGAAAUCAAGAUGCGAUCAAUCGGAAACAAGUAG